UCCGACUCGACUCAAUCACCCAACGCCAACCGACAACAUCUCGUCUCGACCGGCUGCGCAUCUGUAACAUUCAAGAUGCGUACCUACGACGAUUCUUUCAGCGGUCAGAGGAUCUACCCUGGGAAGGGUAAGCUGUACGUCCGUGGCGACAGCAAGAUCUUCCGCUUCCAGAAUGGAAAGUCCGAAUCCCUCUUCCUCCAGCGCAAGAACCCUCGCCGGAUAUCCUGGACCGUCCUUUACCGUCGUCAGCACAAGAAGGGUAUCUCUGAAGAGGUCGCUAAGAAGCGUACUCGCCGUGUCGUCAAGCACCAGCGUGCCGUCGUCGGUGCCUCCCUCGAUGUGAUCAAGGAGCGCCGCAGCAUGCGCCCCGAGGCCCGUCUCGCUGCCCGCCAGCAGGCCAUCAAGGAGGCGAAGGAGAAGAAGGCCGCUUCCGAGAGCCGCAAGAAGGCUGAGAAGGCUAAGAAUGCCGCCAACGCCGCUAAGGGUGGUGCUCAGCGCAUCCAGAGCAAGCAGGGUGCUAAGGGUGCUGCCCCCAAGGUUGCCGCCAAGUCUCGUUAAACGGAAUGAAGGCGGUUUGGCUUGGGGCUAGGGGAAAGGAAAGACCGGUGUAGAAUAGGGGGCUUGCAUACUCGGAUAAAUUUCCGGGCUGGAAUUGUUUCCGCGUCAAGACACAUUUCAAAAUAAGAAACGGCGUACGAGCGGUUGGGUUCUUGCGGAUCAGACAUCCCGCUUGGUUCUCAGAUAGGCUUAUCACUACGCGUGGCCUGCUAUUUACCAGAAAAUGGAAAUGGAUGUGAUAAUGACGGCUUUGUUCGUGUAGGAGCAAGUGUAGAUUAUCCACUGUAAUCGCGCCCAAUGGACAAAAGGAAUAUCAGAACAUUAGCCCGGAAACCCAAGUGACAUCUACGCAAAUAUAUCCCAUGAAUUAAGUUUCCAU